AUGCUACUCUCUUCUUCCUUCGCAGCGUCUCUGAUCGCCUUGUCCUCAGCGUCCCAACCCCCUGUUGUGCAUUCAAGAGCUGGCAUAUUCCACGGUCGCCACCUGCCUACUUUCGACCAGGAUGUCUACCUCGGGAUCAAAUUUGCGCCGAAGCCAGAGCGCUUUGCACCUGCAAAACUAGCUGAAGAUGCUCCUUCGACGCAUUUCAAUGCUACACAGUAUGGCGUAGAUUGCACGGGCUAUGGUUCAGAUACGAACACACUUGUUUCCCAAGGCUGGACCACGCUAGGUGAAGAUUGCCUCCAUUUGAACAUCAUCAAACCUAUGGUGAAAAAGCGCAAGGAGAAGCUCCCCGUGUUGUUAUGGAUAUAUGGCGGUGGUUGGCAACAGGGCGCUACCAGCGACCCCAGAUACAACCUAAGCUACAUAGUCGAGCAGUCUUCCCUCAACAACAAGCCCGUGAUCGGCAUCUCUAUCAACUACCGCAUGGCAGCCUUCGGCUUCAUCUCCAGCAAGGAGAUUGAUGCAACCGGAAACCAAAACCUCGGUCUUCGCGACCAGCGCCUGGCCAUGCAAUGGGUGAAUAAGCACAUUUCGGCCUUCGGUGGCGACCCAAAGAAGGUGACUAUCUGGGGCGAGUCCGCAGGCGCCUAUUCUGUCGGGGACCACAUUAACGCCUACAACGGCGAGACCGGCGGCCUCUUCCGUGCAGCUAUCAUGGAAAGCGGCGGAGCCGUCGGCGCGCCUCUCAACGGCACAGAUUGGUACCAACAUAUGUACGACAACCUGACUGCCUCCCUUGGUUGUACGAACGCCACCGACACACUUCAAUGCAUCCGCGAAGUGCCUUACGAAAAGAUUGCACCAUAUGGCUACGUCGGCCUGGAAUGGUUCCAUGUCAAAGAUGGCACGUUCAUUCCGCGGUACGGCCAGGAAUCCCUCACUCAGGGCAAAUUUGCGAAGAUCCCUAUCAUCCUAGGCACCAACACAGAUGAGGGCUUCGGCGUUAAUGGCGUAAACACUGACGCGCAAGCCAUCGAGCAAUUAACACAUUCGAAGAGGUGGAACGUCAACACAACUGUAGCGGAACGCAUACUAGAACUCUAUCCGAACGAUCCUGCAGUUGGCGCGCCGUAUGGCUGGGGAAACAGAACGUGGCCGCAGUACGGGGCGCAGUAUAAGCGAUAUACCAGCAUCGCGACAGACCUGACUAUGUUUGGGCCGAGGAGACUGAUGGCAGAGAGUAUGAGCAAAUAUGUGAAGGGGGUAUAUUCGUAUCGGUGGGAUGCGCCGAAGUUCAACAAUACGCCGACGACGAUUGGCAUAAAUCAUUUCUCGGAGAUCCCCUUCGUCUUCGGCAAUCAAGAACAGACCAUCACGCCUUUGGGUAACUCAACCGAGAACAUCGCGCUCUCGCACCUCGUCGGCAGGAUGUGGACGUCCUUCGCGUACGAUCUUGACCCAAACGGACAUGGGGUGUCCGGCGUCCCCGCAUGGCCGCAAUACAGCCAAAACGUCACAAACUUUGUGUUCCGGGCGGAUAAGAGUUAUAUCGAGGACGACCAAGAUCGGACGGAGGGCGUGGCUUAUAUAAACAGUUUGAUGAGAUAG